UGGCUAAUGAUUGGCACGCUUGACAGUGAUUGGCAGGGCUGCCAUGACAACGCUACAACGACACCAAGAAGACCAAUAGAAAAGGGAAACAAAAUGUUUCAAUGCUACACUCAACGGCGGAUUUAGGGGGGAGAUAUUAUGAGGCUGGUGUCAUUAGGCGAUAGCCAUUGAAUCAUUCAAUCUUUUUUACUGGCCGUAUUUUUUCGGUUUUUCCUUUUUCUUGAUAAAUUUCUUUCUCUCUCAGGUCAUUUCCAUGGUUUUCAGAUCCCCUUUAGAGCUUUAUCCCUCCCAUUUCUUCCUGCCAAACUUCGCUGAUCGCCCUGUGCUCCUGGCGAACAGCGCUCCCACCACCAGGUCUCCAGAAGACUUGUCCAUGUUUCAGCUACCGACCCUCAACUUUUCCCCGGAGCAGGUGGCGAGCGUCUGUGAGACGCUGGAGGAGACCGGGGACAUCGAACGGCUGGGCCGCUUCCUCUGGUCCCUGCCUGUGGCUCCGGGAGCGUGCGAGGCGAUCAACAAGCAUGAGUCCAUCCUGCGCGCCCGGGCCGUGGUGGCGUUCCACACGGGGAAUUUCAGAGACCUGUACCACAUCCUGGAGAACCACAAGUUCACCAAGGACUCGCACGGCAAACUGCAGGCCAUGUGGCUGGAAGCGCACUAUCAGGAGGCCGAGAAGCUCCGCGGUCGUCCCCUCGGACCGGUCGAUAAGUACCGGGUGCGGAAGAAGUUUCCGCUGCCUCGGACCAUCUGGGACGGCGAGCAGAAGACGCACUGUUUCAAAGAGCGGACGCGGAGCCUGCUGAGGGAGUGGUACCUUCAGGACCCAUAUCCAAACCCCAGCAAGAAAAGGGAACUGGCUCAAGCCACUGGACUCACUCCUACACAGGUCGGAAACUGGUUUAAAAACCGGAGGCAACGAGACAGAGCCGCGGCAGCAAAAAACAGGCUCCAACACCAAGCAAUAGGACCGAGCGGUAUGAGGUCCCUGUCAGAGGCCGGCCUCACCCCUCACAGCUCGGCAGAGUCGCCUUCAACCGCGGCCAGUCCGACCACCAGCGUUUCCAGUAUGACAGAGAGAGUUGAUACUGGGACGUCCAUCCUGUCCGUCACAUCCAGCGACUCGGAGUGCGAUGUAUGAUACGGAGAAAAAACACACACACAUAAACAAAGAAAAAGAGAAAUAUUUACAGGGAAAAUGGACCUGAGAGGAAGAAAAAAAGACUUAUGAAAUAUCGCGGAUGAAAAAAGGACCGAUUGAUAUAAAUAUUAAAAUAAAAAGAGAUAAAAGCACGUCGUUUUUUUUUUUUUUUUUAUUAAAAAGCGCUUUCAAAGGACCCACGCCUCCCCCUCCUCUUCAUACCCCCCACACCACCACCACUACUACUAAACUACUUGCAUGAUGUCAUUUUAUUUUUUAUUUUGUAAUCAGGGAGAAUAACCUGAAUGCAAGAUUUUCCAUCAGGAACAUCGAUCAGAGGGAAUAAAAACAGAUCGUCUUGGUGUUCGUCGCUAUUUUUUUUUUCCUCAUCUCCGUUUUUUUUGUGCUGAUGAUGAUGGUGAUGAUAAUGACGGCGAAGCAGCCGCCAUGCAGACAAGAUGCAAUCCUGUUUUUACUUUGUGUUCAUCAGACAAUCAUUUUAAGUCGUAAGCACCUUUUUAAAUACACUUCUGUCACUGCCUGUGUGGGGUACAUGGUCAAAAAAAAAAUGUCGAACGGAAUCGUCAUGACUGUAUAAGAUUUUUAUUUUUAUUUUCAAAAUUUUAUAUUGAAUUAUGUAUAUCUCAAAUAAUGCGAUCAUUCUCCCGGUCUGUAAUAUACGUGUAGAAAUAUGCUUGUACAUAAUUAUUGCUCUCCCCCGUCUCAUCCUCUUUUCUAUCCCUUCCUCACUUUUCUUGACUUGGUGUUCCUACAUAAAAUAUUUGUCAAAACUUACAA